AUGAAGCUCGCCCGUGCCCAGAACCUUUUUUCCCUCCAGCUUCUCAAAGAACUCUCCAGCGAAAAGCCAGAAUCGAACAUCUUCUUCUCGCCGACCAGCAUCUCUGUCGCACUCGCCAUGGUCUACGCCGGCGCCAGGGGCAAGUCUGAAACGGAAAUUUCCACUGCUCUCGGCCACACCGCAGCGGGACUGUCCAGCAGAGAAUCUAUCCUGGAGUCUUACAAAAAGAUUCUAGCAGAACAGCAGACUGAUGACAAUGGGCUAUGGAACGCCUCUUUCGAUCCCAACGAUACCUGCAUUCUUUCUUUUCAUAACAAAGGAUUUGAGGUGGUUAUGGUAGAAACCAUGACGCGAUUGGCUAAGGUACCGUUCACCUCUGAACCCGAGUUUGAAGCCAUAGAACUAUCUUACAAAGGGGACCAACACUGCAUGGUAAUCAUACUUCCAAGUGAAAAAAAGGAACUUCCCAAACUCCGCGACGCCAUGACUAUCGAGAGCAUAAAACAAAUCCAGAAAAGUUUGAAAGAUGAGACUGUCAAGAUUCAACUUCCCAAGUUCGACUUGAAAACAGAGUACGGCCUCGUCCCUGCCGUGAAGAAGAUGGGUGUGCGUUCAGUCUUCUCUGACGCCGAUCUGUCAAGAGUCACUGGUGAUGGAGUGCUGAGAGUAACCGAAGUCCACCACAAGGCAGCCAUUGAGGUCAACGAAGAAGGAACGGUUGCCGCCGGCGCAACAGUAGUGGUAAUAGAAAAACGUGCUCCACAUUCCUUUGCCCUGGAUAGACCUUUCCUCUUUUACAUCCGCGAGAAAGCUACCGGCCGUAUGCUAUUUUUGGGAGAAGUGCACGCACUCCCAGCCGCUAAGCCCACCCUUGGUUAG